AUGUCCUCAAAACUAUUAUUCGUGCUAGUGAGCCUGGUAGGAUUUAUUUUCUGUCAGGAGUUGCAAUUGGCUGGGAAUCGAUACGUAGUCCAUCCGGGACCGGCAACUUUCUUCGAAGCAUGGCAACAGUGCAGAGAUUUUGGACUUCGAUUGGCCACCGUGCAAUCUAAGCCUGAUAGCGUUGAAUUAGCGGAAGUAAUAGAAACGUCGGGAAUCAAACCUUUUAAUGGAGCAUGGUGGAUUGCUGCCACUGAUCUUGGAAACCCAUCAUUCAACUACACCUGGAUAUCGACCAAUAAAGUAGUGGGCUACACAGACUUUGCUGAUCACCAACCCGACAACAAUGAAAAUAAUGAAAAUUGCCUAGAAGUAGGAAGAUACGGUGGUGUGAAAUGGAACGAUGGGCCUUGCACCAAAAAAAUUUCGUUUAUUUGUGAGAGGUUCUCGGGUAAUGGGUGCUAG